AUGUUUCUGCGAGUGGCAGACUUCCCUGGUAAGGAUUUUCAGCAGACGGAUGACGCACACGGCAGAGACCGGAAGCAUACACCGCUUGAGACAGUAGUAGGUUGCGUGUACAAGAAGCACGAGAUGCCGAGAAACAGCCCGGCACCACUGACCGAGAACGAAAAGGUUCCACAUGUAGUGUUGGGGUUGACCGAUGCUGACCAAGUAGCGGAUGCAGUCGAUGGUAAGAUUUGCAAGAUCGGAGGCGUGCUGCCUAUUCUGCAAGCGUGA